AUGCCAGCUGCUGUGCUGCACACCAUUCAGCGAAACCGCAAGCGAUGGACUAAAAACAGAAAGCUAAAAUUGGAGAAUCCGUUUCUUCUCCUUGAGGAACGUGCCAAUCUUUCCCCAACUAUGGGAUCUAUAUGCGAAAUACGACUCACGCGGAAACGCUGGACAAUCUGCACCAUUGGUCUGCUUUUAAUCUUGUACUUGACGAAGGACAUCGCAAGAAGUGUCGAGCAUCGAGAAGCGCAACUCACAAGUGAGAGUGAGCUGAGUACCUUGAGACUAAUAGUCAAUGGCAGUGAGAACCUGUCAGCGUAUUUACAGGCCACACAUAAAGGAUGGAAGGUCAAUGCUACCCUAGUUGCUCUGAUAAGGAAGGACAUCCUCCGCUUUCUAGAUGCCGAGAGGGAUGUGUCUGUGAUCAAGAGCAGUUUUAAACCUGGAGAUACCAUCCACUACAUACUGGACAGACGCAGAACGCUAAACAUCUCUCACACUCUGCACAGUCUGCUUCCCGAUGUGUCUCCUCUUAAGAACAAGAGGUUCAAGAACUGCGCUGUGGUGGGCAACUCGGGCGUGCUCCUCCAGAGCGGAUGUGGAAAGGAAAUAGACAGCCAUAAUUUCGUUAUACGCUGUAACCUUGCUCCUCUGGCUGAGUUUGUUGAGGAUGUGGGUUUGAGGUCAGACUUCACCACCAUGAACCCCUCAGUGAUCCAGCGUGUAUACAAAGGCCUGCUGAAUGAGACGUUACGGGAACGGUUCGUACAGCGUUUAAGACUGCUGAAUGACAGCGUUCUGUGGAUACCAGCCUUCAUGGUGAAGGGAGGAGAGAGGCAUGUCGAGGGUGUCAAUGAACUCAUUCUGAAGAGAAAGCUACCUGUACACAUGGCUUACCCAUCACUCCGCCUGGUGCAUGCUGUCAGAGGGUAUUGGCUCACAAACAAGGUUAAUAUAAAGCGUCCCAGCACUGGAUUGCUAAUGUACACCAUGGCCACACGCUUUUGUGAUGAAAUUCAUCUGUAUGGAUUUUGGCCAUUCCCAAAAGAUGCCAGUGGAAAUCCUGUGAAAUAUCACUACUAUGACACUCUCAGAUACAGAUACUUCUCCAACGCAGCACCUCAUCGGAUGCCACUUGAAUUCAAGACAUUAAAAUUGUUACACAGUAAAGGAGCCCUAAAGCUGACAACAUCUAAAUGUGGACUGGCCUGA